AUGUCACAGAAGUUAGGACACACAGGCCUGGCAUUUGCGCGACUUUGGCAUCACGUCGACGUUGCCCAAGAAAAGAGAACUUUGGGCAGACUGGCCAGUUCCAUAGCAUUGACGUUGAUCGGAAAACACAAGCCGGUGUAUCACCCAACACAGGACUGCGGAGACUACGUGGUGGUUACGAAUUGUCAGUUUUUGCGUGUAACAGGUCAAAAGUUUGACCAAAAGAAGUACUGGUCGCAUUCUCAAAAACCGGGCCAUCUCAAACUAAUAACGAUGAGAAAAAUGGUGGAAAACAAAGGCCACGGUGAAAUACUCAAAAAGGCGGUCAGCGGGAUGCUGCCAAAAAAUAAGCUUCGUAAACCUAGACUGGAGAGAUUGAAGCUAUUUAGCGGUAGCGAAAAUCCGUACGUUUCGAACAUCACAGCUUAUGUUGAUCAGCUGCCCAAGAUCGAGAAGAAACGGAAGCUUUUGGAAUCAAACUAG